CAGAGGGGUCGGAAAGAAUCCUAUCAAGAUGCAGGCGUGCCACAUCGAUUAGGCUCCCGAACACAGAGAAAUAGCCCACUCAUGAUAUCUGCUUUAUUACUGUAGCCUAAAGUAAGUAAGCUCACAAGAUGUUAUCGCCGGUAUCUUCAGACGCCCUAGUGAAGGAGCCCGCAUCACACAAGAAAAAGACAACUAAAGCUGGUCCACUGGUUGCUGCCAAGUCUAGGCACCUCAAGUCCACAGUCUCAGAGAUGGAGGGCGACACAGAGCACUGUGAGAGGAACCCGUUCACGAUGCCGGCCGACAGCAACAUCUUCCUGCUCAGGAAAGCGGAACAAGAGCGCAAGAAAAUGGAGCACCAGACGAAGCUGAAGAUGAAGGUCCAUGAGAAGGGCCUCCACGCGGCGCGGACGAAAGCCAAUCAGGCGGAGCUGCGGAGGGAGCUUCGGAUGGAGGAGGAGGAGGGUCUCCAAGGAGACGGGGAAGAAAAGCUUUUGGAGCUCAGGGACCACCCUGCCUGGAAGAUUGCUAUGAUCAAAGAUCGCAAUAUUGACAAGGAGAGCAUCAAUGAAUUCAUCAGGAAGAAACGGGAGAUGUUUCUCCUGGAGUACGCUCUGACCGUAAAGCGCGAAGAGAUGCAGCACCUGGAGGAAGUGGCCGCCACAGAGGAGAGGAAGCUGAUACGGGCCGAGAAGUUCCUGGAGAAGGACUCCAUCAUGUUUGACGAGUUCCUCAAGGAGAACGACAAGAACUCAGUGGAGGCCAUAAGAAUUGCAGAACAGGAGGCCAAAGUCAAGCUGGAGAAAGUGGCCGAGAUCAAGAGGAUUACAGCCAAAAUGGUGGCCAUUAAAAGUGACAUCUCCAAAUACGAGGACAUCCUGACGGAGUACAGCAUGUACAAGGACUUCCUGCUGAAGCUGUCCCCCCAGGAGUGGCAGAACGAGCAGGCUCGAAAGAGGAAGAUGCGGGGGGCCAAUCCUGCCAGAGACAAGGACCAUGAUAAGGACAAGGACAAGAAGACAGGGCAGCAAGAUAAACGAGCAGAGUCCCGGUCCUCCACUGUAAGGAGGGAGCUUCCUCCCCUGCGGGACCCAAGAAUGCCAUCCCGGCAGAGCCCCAAGCCAGCCCGCCAAAGCCAGAAACCGACUGCAGAAUCUAGAACUGAGGAUCCCAGCUUGUCUGAUUAUGAGGAGGAGCCUGAGCUGUACUUCACAGACCCCCAGCAGCUGCUGGACCUGCUGACUGAGCUGGAGGAGCAGAAUCUUUCCCUGAUCCAGAACUCCCGCGAGACCGAGGAAGCACUGGAGGAGUUACGCCAGGUCAUGGAAAAGACCCGCCAGAAAAUGGAGCGGGAGACGGAGCAGCUGAUGCGGCAGAUUGACCUGAUGACCCAGAGCAUCCAGCAGGAGGAGGACAGGGCGGCCGAGCUGGAGAUCAAGGCCCGCCUCUUCUCCUACGGGAAGUACAAAGAGGACGACCAGGACAGCAUGCUGGAGUCACUGGGGCAGAAGGUGGAGGAGGUGUUCCGCAGCUGCGUCGGCGACAGCGAGGGGACCCUCAGCACCCUGCAGAUGCUGACCGCCAUCGAGGGGAAGCUGGGAGAGCUGCUGGAGAACGUGGAGACCAUCCCGCGGGACCGCGUGCUGAUGGCCGAGCGGGCCAAGGAGAGGGAGAGGAGGCUCAGGCUGCGGGAGGAGAAGAUUCAGCAGCAGAAGCAGCACCAGGAGGAGAGGUUGCGGAAGGCCCUGGAGAGAGCGCAGGCCGACAUCACCAAAACGACCGGGAGGAAGCUGAUGUUUCGUUCCCGACCCCCAGAGCGCAAAGUCAAGCAGAGCCUGGACCAAGACAAUACCGACAAGGAGAAAGAGGAGCAUCUCUAUUUCUUUACAUAG